UAAACUGAUACAUACCAUUUUUGUAGUGAGAAGAGGCAGAAGAGGAGGGUCAACAAUUCCUCUAUUUUCCCUUACCUCUCUCUCUUCAAUUCAAUUCAAUUCUCAUUUCCCUUUCCCUCUCUAUUCUAGGGUUAGGGUUCUCACACCGCAAUGGCCCUUUCCACCUCCUUCUCCGCUGCCAAAUUGGACUCUCUAUUGCUCAAUUGCUCUUCCUCUUCAACCCCAUUCUUACACACCGUUUCUAUCGCCCAAAAUACGAGAACAAAAACCCUCUUUCAGAGAGGGCUUAUUCGCUGCGACGCUCAGCCCUCUUAUGCUCCCAAUAAUGCUUCCACCCUCUCCGCUCUCCAGCAGCUUAAGACUUCUGCAGCUGAUAGGUAUACAAAGGAAAGGAGCAGCAUUGUUGUCAUUGGGCUUAGUGUGCACACUGCACCUGUGGAAAUGCGUGAAAAGCUUGCCAUUCCAGAGGCAGAAUGGCCUAGAGCUAUUGCAGAGCUCUGUAGUCUUAAUCAUAUUGAAGAAGCAGCUGUUCUGAGCACCUGCAACCGAAUGGAGAUAUAUGUUCUUGCUCUUUCCCAACAUCGUGGUGUCAAAGAAGUCAUGGAAUGGAUGUCAAAAACAAGUUCCGUCCCUAUUUCUGAGCUUUGCCAGCACCAGUUUGUACUUUACAACAAUGAUGUCACACAGCAUCUUUUUGAAGUAUCAGCAGGUCUUGAUUCUCUUGUUUUGGGGGAAGGUCAAAUCCUUGCUCAGGUUAAGCAAGUUGUCAAAGUUGGACAAGGAGUUAAUGGCUUUGGGAGAAAUAUCAGUGGGCUAUUCAAGCAUGCGAUUACUGUUGGGAAAAGGGUUAGAACUGAAACUAAUAUUGCUUCUGGGGCAGUUUCUGUGAGCUCAGCUGCUGUUGAAUUAGCCUAUAUGAAGCUACCUGAAGCCUCACAUGAUAAUGCGAGGAUGUUGGUUAUUGGUGCUGGCAAGAUGGGAAAGCUUGUGAUCAAACAUUUGGUGGCAAAAGGUUGCAAAAAGAUGGUUGUUGUCAAUAGAACUGAGGAGAGAGUGGCUGCAAUACGUGAAGAACUGAAAGAUGUUGAGAUCAUCUACAAACCCCUUUCAGAAAUGCUAACCUGUGCCAGUGAAGCAGAUGUAGUUUUCACCAGUACUGCAUCGGAAAACCCAUUAUUCUUGAAAGAUCAUGUCAAGGACCUUUCUCCUGCAAGUCAAGAUGUUGGAGGCCGUCGCUUUUUCAUUGAUAUCUCUGUUCCCCGCAAUGUGGGUUCAUGUGUCUCAGACCUGGAGUCUGUGCGAGUUUACAAUGUUGAUGAUCUUAAGGAGGUUGUGGCUGCCAAUAAAGAGGAUCGCCUAAGAAAAGCAAUGGAAGCGCAGGCAAUAAUAGCUGAAGAAUCUAAGCAAUUUGAAGCUUGGAGGGACUCACUGGAAACUGUCCCGACUAUUAAGAAAUUGAGGGCUUAUGCCGAAAGAAUCAGGCUUGCUGAGCUUGAGAAAUGCUUAGGUAAGAUGGGUGAUGAUCUGCCAAAGAAAACACGGAGAGCAGUGGAUGAUCUUAGUCGGGGUAUAGUGAAUAAGUUGCUCCAUGGUCCAAUGCAACAUUUAAGGUGUGACGGGAAUGACAGCCGGACUCUUAGUGAGACCCUGGAGAAUAUGCAUGCUUUGAAUAGGAUGUUCAACCUUGAGACUGAAAUAUCUGUUUUGGAGCAGAAGAUUCGAGCAAAGGUGGAACAAAACCAAAAAUGAAAUCCAUCACCAAUUUCAUUGAUCAAACUGAUUUAUUUUCUCCGUUAGAAUAAGAGGAAACAUCCUCAUCUUUUAGGAUUAGUAAUCCUGUAAUAUUUAGUUGCAUAGUUGAAGCAGCUGAAGUCUCCAUGGUUCGUGCGUCUGCUUGGCCUAACUCGUUUGCGUUUUCGGGUCAUGUGUUUUCACCGUGUUCUUCCACAGCCAUAUCUGGCUUUGUAUUAUACCAAUUGAAGUGUUUUGGCGAGCUUUGUAUUUACCCCAAAUAAUAUUUUUCUAAGAUGUGUCCCCUUAUCGGAAAAAUUAAAUGUAUGUACUGAGAUUCUAUACUAGAGACAAGAUUGAUUUUGCUGUGGCACUGGUUUAUCAGAUGUCUCCGAAGGGAAUUCUUGGUACAGGUUUAUUCACUGUGUGGUUGCUCACCUUUUAAAUGUUUAAGAUUUUGUAUUUGUCUACAA